AUGAGAAUCACAUUUUUCUUUGCUGUAUUGCUCUUACUGGAUUUCUUCAGUUGCAUUCAUGCUUAUCUGCAAUAUCCCUUGCCUGACAUAGAAGAUGCAAAGUUCAUUGCAGAUUGUGUGAGAGCUCACAACGCAUUUCGAUCCAAAGUGAAUCCACCAGCCAGCAAUAUGUUUCGCAUGUCCUGGGAUGCUGCUUUAGCUAAGAGUGCCAAAGCAUGGGCAAAGAAGUGCAAGUUUAAGCACAAUACCUACCUUAAAAUGCCAGGAAAAAUGCACCCCACCUUUCACUUUGUUGGAGAGAACAUCUGGACUGGCACAGCCCGCAUCUUCUCUGUGGAGGCAGCUCUCAGGUCCUGGUUUAAUGAAGUCAGCAGCUAUGAUUUCAGCACCAACAUAUGUACUAACAUGUGUGGUCACUACACUCAGGUGGUCUGGGCAGAGAGUUACAAAGUUGGCUGUGCAGUUCACUUCUGCAGUACAGUUGAAAAUUUUCCAGGACUGUUCGAAGCAGCACAUUUUGUUUGUGACUAUGGGCCAGCGGGGAAUUACCCAAGAAAACCAUAUAAAGAAGGACAACCAUGCAGUAGAUGCAGUAACGAGAAGUGUGUAGACAGGCUCUGUGAAAAUACAGAACGUGAGAAGCUGAUAAGUUAUGCCAACUGGUAUCCAGACUGGGAUAUACAGCCCCAGCCACCGCAGCCCCGUCCCCCCAGGCCUCCCGUGCCACCACACGUCCCACCUGCUGAGCAUCCACGACCCUCUUGUGACCAAUACUGUCUUAGUGUUUUAAUUUUAAGGCCACUGUUUCUUGUAUUGAGUUUUGGUGCUGUACUUCUAGUACAACAGCAAUUUCCACACACUUUUUUUUAUGAGUAAUGGUCAAUUAAGAGACUGAUUGUGAUCCUACUGCUGUAUUACUCUCACACAUUGAGCACAUGUUUAAAAAAAAAAAAACAUUUUAUCAUCUUUCAUUAUCCCUGCAAUCCAGCAUGGGAAAGGCUGCUUCUUUACUCAAGGCAAGAUAAAAAUGGCUGUGCAUAGAGGUAAUACAAUUUAUUGGCAGUAGCUGCAACAUGCUCCUAUGUAUGAGGCUCUUAGCUCUAGGGGUAGUUGCUAGAGGGACCACAGAGACUAGAUAUUCCUCCAUGUGCUAACAAUCCUCCUGGAAGCCUGGGGCAUCACAAAGACAUGUCUGAAGUGGCACACUGUAUCCAAAAGAAGCAAUAAUUCAUCUUCAUUAACCUUCAGUUAUCCCAGACACAAUUUCCCCCAAGUAAUGGAGAUUUAACUGUAUAUAUUACUUUUUAUUAACAAGAGUAAAGCUUGGCCUUUGCUUUA